AUGCGCUCUUUGUCACAUCUCUGUUCGAAAACUACAACAACAAAAUAUCACACAAUAACGACUACUACGCGAUCUUGUCUAAAGAAGAGUUCUCUUAAAAGAGCUUUUGCAACAGUAAUCUUCAUAUUAUUGAGCAUCGCGCAACCAAGUUUUGCCCGAGAUAAUGUCACACUUUCAAAUAUAGAUUGUUUGGCAAUCGGGAAUAAUUGCGGAGCAUGUUCAGUGAAUUUAGAGUGUGGUUUUUGUGUCACAGAUCAGAAAUGUGUUCAAGGAGGUUGGAACGGACCUUUCAACAAUCCUUCAAUAUGCCAAGACAGAUGGGAGUAUCAGUUCGGACAGUGUUUUAUAACUCAUAAGAUAGCGCUUAUAUCAGUAUCAUCGGCACUAGUUGGCAGUAGUAUUGGCACAGACGAAGAAAGAAAUCCUUUAUUGGGUGGGGAGUCAGUAGCCACGCAUCAUUUUCGUCGUGCAUCAUUUUACAACUAUAAUCGUAAUCGACCAUUCGAAAGACGUGGUCGUACUCUAAGUUCCGGGACUGCAAACAGCACGAUGCAGUACGGACGAAAUUGGCGAAACACUGAUGAGUAUAUGUACGGAUAUGGAGGUCCAUCCAUGCUCUGGGAAAACGAUCAUAAUCCUCCACCUACAGCUGUUGAGGAUUUCUCGGUAGGAUCGCAGGGAAACGGUAACCCUGGUGAAUGGCGAAGAUGGGAGAAGAAAAGAGAAGAGCUGUUGGCAAAGUAUGGAAAAAGUAGCGAUGCUUGA